AGCCCAAAAUGCUCUCCGACCCCUAAGUUGUUGAACAGCUCACUGUCACGUGCAUUUGGAAUUGCCUACGUUGCUCGUACGGACUCCUACGAACACCGGCGCAAGACCUCUCUGUAUUUCGCAUCUACACGUUUGCUUCCAAGCACUGAUACCCACUGUGAAUCAGCAAUGUCUCUCCUGAACGUCGAGGCCAUCCUGCGCAUCGGCGCCUGCGGCUGCUUCAUCGGCCACGGCUGGAUCGCCGCCUUCAAGCUCGAGUUCAGCGGCUGGAAGAAGUUUUUGUUCAGCGCCGGCUUCAGCGAGGCCGAAGCCCACGUGCUCAUGCCGAUCAUCGGCUGGAUGGACGUGCUGCUCGCGCUGGCCACCUUAAUAAGACCGGUCGAGCUCUUUAGCGCGUGGAUGGCGGCGUGGGCCUUCUCGACGGCGCUCGUGCGGCCCUUCUCGGCCGGCGCGGCUCGAGCCUUCGCGCCCAUGUCUGACAACGCCUUGUGGGGCUUCGUCGAGCGCGCGGCCAACUGGGCCUGCCCGCUCGCGCUGCUGUGCCUGCAGAAGGCCGACGGCUACGAAGCGGCCGACAUUACCGGAUUGGGUUCGUACCUGGCGCCGCUCGACGCGCUGAACACGGACAAGGACCUGGCGACGCUCUUCAAGUAUAUCUGCAUCAUGGUGUGUGUGGUCUGGGCGCCCGUGCCGUUAUUGCGGGCGCGCGGCAAGAACAAGAGCGCGUGAGCCCGGACGAGCGGUCGAGCAACCCCUUCUCCCGCGCGCCGAGAACCCAGAUGUAUAUAUAUUCAGUACAAGUAGAGAUCGCUAGUCCGGAAACGGCUAGAUUUGUG